UGACAAACGUUAACGUUUAUAGCGAUAAUAUAUAAAUCCAUGAUAUGACUUCAGAUUAGGAUAGUUGUUGGUGGGGGCUUUUGCCUUGAAGAAAACACAAAUGUGGAACUCCGCACUGUGUAUAUUGUGGUGUUACGCGGUCGUCGGUUGUUUCGGCGGUCCACUGAUUCCGGAUGACUACGGCACGGAGAGCACUGGCAGCACCAUGUCGGCGUACGACAUGGAAUUCGUGGAUGUCGGCCCGGCCACCAUGUCAGCGGGUAACACCGGCACCGGCAGCAGCCUGGUGCCCGUCGAUUACCCCGAUGGUGCGCCGAAAAGCAGUCUAUUUUCCGCCGAUUAUACCGACACACCGUCCUCGUCGCCCGUCCCGCCGAGCACGUACCAGGGGAAAGCCGCGGAUGAUUAUCCCGAUUUGACGCAGAGUGCGGCGGUUCCUGGUGACUACGACACCCCUGUUAUGACCCACGCGGGCGCGAAAGCGCCAUUGAUUCCGGUUGAUUACGAGGAAUUAGGCUUUGGUCAAGAAACAAUGAUUAUAAAUGGUCAGACCGUACCAGACAAUGAGUUCACCUUCAUCGUCAGUCUCCGCAACGGUGGCCGGCAUAUCUGCGGCGGCUCCGUGCUGGAUGUCCCCGAUCGGAAAUCCAUCAUUACCGCCGCCCACUGUGUUCACAGCAAUGGUGAGGCCACACCGGCAUCGCAACUCAGUGUCGCCGUGGGCAUUCGUCGUCUGUCGACCGUCAGCACGGCCAACGUCAUCCAGGUCAGCCAGGUCAUCGUCCAUCCGCAGUGGAGCGAAAACGAUAUCCUCAACGACCUCGCCGUGUUGCGGCUGGAGCGCGCCGUCGCCGACACGGGCACCAUCAAGGUCUCCAGCGUCAAACUACCACCACCCAACCGCGAACCGGAUGCCGGACGGCCGUUGGAGGCCGCCGGCUGGGGCAAAACCACACAGGGCCUAAAGCAUGGCACCGCCUCCGACAUCCUGCUGAAAGCCACCCUGAAGGUGGUUGAGCGGAAGGUCUGCACCCAGAAACUGGGCCGGCCGGCCCACAAUCCCAUUCCGGACAGUCAGAUCUGUACGGAGAACGAGCAGGCGGGCACGUGCAAGGGUGACAGCGGCGGACCGCUUAUCAACCGCCGACCGGAUGGCGAUUAUUUGGUGGGACUGACCAGCUACGGCAUGCCUGGGUGCAAUCUCGGCACAGCCGACGCUUUCACCAAGGUCAGCUACUUCUCCAACUGGAUCGACAGCGUGGCCAAAGGAAACGGUCAAGCCCCGGCGCCGGCACCCGGUGGGAGUGGCGGCAUUGCCCCGUCGCCCAUUGGUGGCCCGGCUCCGUCGCCCAUUGGUGGGCCAGCUGGUCCGGGCGUGGUCGUCCCGCCUUCCCCUGUCCCGGGACCCCCUGGCUGUAGCAGUUGUGGGGGAGGCUGGGGAUUAAUCGCCGUGGUGAUUGUCCUGCCGAACGCGCCCACCGGCAGCUGCCAGCAGAGGGCGGGGAUGGGGCUGAUGUGUGGCGGCCGCGGCACACCCUCCGGCGGGACGCGCUGUCGUUUUAUCGGGCACAGUAUCCGCUGUAGCAGCCGCGGAUUUAUGGGAGUGUAUUCCACUGGCGAGGAGGCGCAGUGUUUUAAUUAUGAAGGUCGACGGUACUGUCCCAAAAGCGCGCUGCCGGCAUCGACGGCUGCACCGAAACCUGCCCCAAAUACUGACUACGAUCAGUACAGUUAAAUGAUAAUAAAUACACUCUGUAUAAACUGACGCAAGGUUUUACAAUUCCGUGUGGCCUGACUUUUCUAAAUUUUUUCGGACUGUCUGCUUGGAAAAAAGCUGUUCUUAGUAUUUUUUUAUUAACUUUGAUUAAAAGAAAGUUAGGGCUUCCUUGAAAAGUGUGACCGUUGGAAUUGCAGAGUGAAUCAUCAUAAAGUUA